AUGGCUGCCCUAAAUAGGCGUACGGCUGCGUGGUCAUCAUUAAAGCGGGUAGCUGCAAAAAUAGUGGCGGAUGACUACGUUGAGGAUGGCUUUGGUAUGCAGCAAGAUCGUGCAACAUUGCAGGCACAUUUCGAAAAACUACAAACUGCACAUGGUGAGUUGGUGGCGUUGGCAAGAGAUGAUACUGAAUUAUGGUCUCACAUCAAGUUGUGGGACGAGGUGGAAGACUUAUAUAACGAGGCGUGCGUUGCAUUGCGGCGUGAGUUGGCCCGUUGUGAUGCACAAAAUACGGAUGCACCUUCCAAUAUGGCAGGCGGUGCUGUAUCUUCCCAAGUGGCCAAGUUACCAACAAUUACGCAACAGGCAUGGGGCAUGAGCCGCACAACUAAUCAAAUUCCUCCUUUGGCAGAUUUGCUUGCAUUUUUGGAGACACGACCUCACAGUCUAGUUGGCACUGUUUGGCGAGCAAUGGAGAGCAAACCAAAAUCUGAUGGCAAGACCGCUACACUACAAUAUCGUGGCACAUCUCAGGCUGAUUAUAAAAGGCCAGGCUCACGUUUAAUGAGGACAAACCUAAUAGCAACUACUUCAGGCCACUGCCAGUUUUGCAAUGACGCAUCGCACCAAAUAGGCAAGUGCACCAGGCUAUUGGCUUGCUCACCAGCGGAGCGCUUCACACUGCUUAAAGGCUCGAAUCUUUGCUUCAAUUGCUUGAAACCUGGACAUUCUACUAAGGCAUGUGGCUCAACUAAUUAUCGCAUAUGCAAUGGCAGGCAUCACACUCUACUAUGCCGAAGUUCACCAGCGCAGGACUCCUUUGCAAGAGUCCAAACAGCAGGCACAACCUACACCUCAGGCACCAGCGAAACCGAACUAGGCUGGCAUCCCACCACGUGCAAUCGGGUUAUACUCUUGGCAACAGCACAAAUACGCAUCUUAAAUGGCUUUGGCGAUAUCGACUCGUGUCGAGCUCUAUGCGAUCCAGGCUCUCAGGUAAGUCUAAUGAGUACGCGAUAUUUUAAUCAACUGGCUCUGCGGAAGCAGAAAAGUGCAUUGCAAUUACAAGGCGUUGGCAGUGGCAAUCGUUCAUAUACUAAUGGCCGGGCAGUCUUGCGCAUAUUUUCGACUGUCAAUGCUUCAUUUGGCUUGGAUGUUGAAUUCUACAUCAUCAACAAAAUUACCUCAGCAAUCCCUGUGGCUCCAAUCAUGGAAAACUGUUGGCAGCAUUUACGCAAUUUGCCCUUGGCAGACCCGAAAUUUGGCGAAACUGGUGUUAUAGAUGCAUUGCUUGGCUCAGACGUAUGGGGCCAAUUGUUGGCAGAUGGCAUAGUUCGUGGCGAACUUGAUGAUCCUGUGGCACAAAAUACGCAAUUAGGCUGGGUUGUAUUCGGACCAGCUGAAGCAACCGUGCAUAACUACAAGGCGGAACAAUCUAUGGCAUUGCGUGUGAAGGCGCCUGAUGAGCGAGUUGAUGACCUUCUACACAGGCUAUUUGAAUCCAAAGAAAUUGACAUGGCUAAAGGCGAUACACUAGCAGCAGUUGAUCUUUGCGAGUGCAUUUUCAUGAGCACACAUAAGCGUUUUGAUGAUGGCAGUUAUUGCGUGCAAAUACCAUUUACACCAGAUGCUCCACCACUUGGCAAUUCACAUCAGAUGGCACUCAGGCAAUUUCACCAGUUGGAACGAAAAUUGGCAUCCAACUCAGAGCUGAGGCAAAGAUAUGUGGCUUUUAUGCGCGAAUACGAACAACUUGGUCACAUGCACCCUAUUCAGCAUCACUCAGGCGACCCAUCUCAGGCAUACUACAUUCCACAUCAUGCAGUCAUGGCAAAAUUCCGAGUCGUAUUCAAUGCUUCCGCAAAAACAUCGAAUGGCAUAUCAUUAAAUGAUACACAACUCGCUGGCCCCCCAAUACAGGAUUUAUUACUUAACCUUUUGCUUCGCUUCAGGCAGCAUCGAAUAGCAUUCACAGCUGAUGUGGAGAAAAUGUUCAGGCAAGUCAAGGUUGACGAGAGGCACAGGCAGUGGCAACAGAUCCUCUGGCGGGAAUCAUCCGAUCAGCCCAUUCGCACAUAUCAAUUGGCUACCGUUACAUAUGGCACAACUAGUGGCACAUAUUUGGCUGUUCGCGCUAUGCAGCAAUGUGGCAGAGACAACUCUUAUAAACUCUCAGAUGAAGUACGAGCUAAAACUGCUUUGCACAGCAUCCUGUAUGAUUUCUACGUAGAUGACUACCUUAAGAGUACACCUUCUAUUGGCAUGGCGAUUCAACUGGCGGCCGAUGUCUCAUCUGUUUUGGCAGACGGUCAGUUCCAUCUCAGGAAAUGGAAAUCGAAUAGCGCUGAAGUCUUGGCACAUCUUCUUGGCGAUGCUGAUCCAUGUCAACUUAAUCCGCACUUGGCAGAAACUACUGUUCUUGGCUUACACUGGGAUCCACUCACUGAUGAACUCUUCUAUCAGGUCAGCUCUUAUGAUGCACAACAUCUUACGAAAAGGCAAGUGCUUAGCGAUGCAGCAAAAUUAUAUGAUCCAAUUGGCAUGUUGGCACCAGUCAUCAUUACGGCUAAACUUUUCAUACAGAAACUCUGGCAGGCAAAAUUGGCAUGGGACGACCCACUACCACUUGAACUGUUGCAAGAAUGGCUCAUAUACCGAAGGCAGUUGUCCCAACUGGAGGCAGUACGAAUACCGCGUUGGAUAGGCAUGCAACCCGGAUAUCAAAUACAACUUCAUGGCUUCUGCGAUGCUAGUGUUAAGGCAAUGGCUGCAGCACUCUAUUUGGCAACAAACCACAAUGGCAAUAUCACUAGUCACAUUAUCGCAUCAAAAACUAAAGUGGCACCAUUACAUUCGGUAACAGUACCCCGAUUGGAACUUUGUGCUGCGCAGUUGUUGGCUACUCUUUUACACGAAACAAGGCAGGCUUUGCAUUUGGAGCAUGUACCAUACACUCUAUACUCCGACUCGAAUAUUGCUCUAUGUUGGCUACGCAAAAACACAUCACAAUUAAAGCAGUACGUUGCUAAUCGCGUUGGCUGCAUUCAAUCGAUGACAGAUAUCAGGCAUUGGCAUCACAUUCCUACCAAACUCAACCCAGCUGAUUGCGCCAGUCGUGGCAUAUCCCCUUUGGCGUUGCAAAACUACGCAUUAUGGUGGCACGGUCCUAAUUCAACUGAUUAUUCAAUCAAUGAGCUGCACCACUGUGCACCAGCAGAGCUGGCAAUAAUGGAAGGCGAGUUAAAACCAGUUAAGGUAAAGGCAUUGCAGGUAAUAGGCCAACCCGCAUUACAGACACACUACACUGCUGGCGACGAAUUGGUCGUCAUAGAUCUGUUGGACCGGUUCAGUCAUCUUGGCAAGCUAUUGCGCACUACUGCAUACAUAUUGCGUUGCAAAAAGGCACAUCAUCGUUUUCGUUCGCAUACACACAUCUGUACAGGCGAAAUGGACAUUGCGUUAAAUCACCACAUCAAGGCAGAACAAGCGAAAUAUUUCGCAGCGGAAAUUAAGCAGCUGAAAAAGGCACAGUCCAUAUCCACAUCCAGCAAGAUCAUUGCACUGAGUCCAUUCAUCAACUCCACAGCGGACAAUAUAUUGCGAGUAGGCGGACGCCUACACAAUGCGAGGGUGGCAGAGCCACAGCGUCAUCCAAUCAUUCUUCCGAAGGAUAGCACAUUGGCCAGGCUUUUAAUAUGGCAGGUGCAUCAGGACACACUUCAUGGCGGUAUACAAAUCAUGCUUCAUACGAUUCGACACAAAUAUUGGAUUCUACAGGCACGCAUUUUGGUUAAGCAAUGCAUACACUCAUGCGCGAUUUGCAGGCGGCAUAAACACAUAAUGCUAAAACAACGUAUGGCGACAUUACCAAAGGCUCGGGUCACCCCAUCUCCACCAUUUGCUAGAUCUGGCUUAGACUAUUGCGGUCCAUUCAACAUACGCAUUGGCUCCAAGGCUGUACGAACCGUGCGGAAGGCUUACGUGGCAAUCUUUGUGUGCAUGGCAACCAAGGCAGUGCACAUCGAACUGGCUGAAGAUCUCACUUCUGAGGCUUUCAUAAAUGCAUACACCCGUUUCGUAAACCGGCGUGGUCCAUGUAAUCAUUUAUACAGUGACAAUGGCACUACAUUCAUUGGCGCAGAUCGCUUAAUGGCCGCUGACUUACAGGCUUGGCAUAAUGAAUAUUCUCAACAGCAAUUGGCGAAUCGAGGCACAAAAUGGCAUUUUCUACCACCUGGCGCACCUCAUCAAGGCGGACUAUGGGAAGCUGCCGUUAAGUCUGCGAAGAAGCACUUACUACGCAUUGUUGGCACCCAUUCCAUUUACUAUGAUCAGCUACAUACUCUACUUGUACAUAUCGAGGCUUGCUUGAAUUCGCGUCCACUUAUACCAUUGCAUGACACUUGUGACGACAAGAUGGCUAUAUCACCUGCAGAUUUCCUGAUUGGCAGAUCUCUAUUGGCAGUACCAGACGCACCUAUUGGCAAGGUACCUAGCAACAAAUUAUCAUACUGGCGACAAUUAAGGCAAAUGCAACAGCAUUUUUGGCGACAAUGGCAUGACGAAUAUCUUUCAACUUUGCAACCACGUUCCAAAUGGCAUCAGAAUGGCGACAACAUUAACAUAGGCGAUGUCGAGACCAAUGCAGCAGUUGCCCCAGUAAAAAUCACCGAAACUCAGUGGGCUAAAACAAAUACUCAAAAGGCGAACCUGUUUGCUGAACAUCUAGAAAAAACCUUCAGGCCAAAUGAAGUCCAAGAUGUUAUUGGGUCAAGUACAAAUUGUCCCGAAGGCGAACUUACAAUUGUUCCAGUCACAACAGAAGAAGUAAGUGAACAAAUUUUAAAAAUGAAACUCAAAAAAUCUCCUGGAUUUGACUUGAUAAUAGCUGAAGUUCUUCCUCUACCUUUGCGAUUUAAUUAA